UUGCUUAGCCAGAGGCCUCUGUGACUCAGGUUCGGAUCUAAACAGCAGGCUUAAACGGGGGCACCUCCUCCAUAGGACUCUGUAUGUGGCCCUGACUGACUUCCAGAAUAUGAAUAUGAAAUCUUAUGAGGUCGUCUCCUAUUCUUGCCCACUUGUAACCAUACUGUUGACUGACCUGUAUCUACUUGAACUGGGUGUAUGACCUGAAUAACAUAGUCCUUGGACCUGCUCUUUGGGGUCAGCAAUACCAGAAAUAGCCUCUAAAAAUUGCCAGUAAAGAAAGCCUUCUUUCUUUCUAAGCUGUCUUUCCUGCCAAUAGGUACUUGAACAUACGAGUCCUGUUGGCAUUUUGGCAACUGAAGCUAGCCUGAUGAGUCUUAGGUUCCUACUGCUGUCUCUGGAGCAUGGCAGGCUGCUGAGCUUGAGUGGCAGUGUCAAGUAGGAGCUGUGUGUCUUGCCCAGGGGCAGGGAGGGUGUCCAUGGCUGCAGCCAACAGAGGCAGUAAGCCCAGAGUCCGAAGUAUCCGCUUUGCCGCAGGCCAUGAUGCAGAAGGCUCCCAGAGCCAUGUCCACUUUGAUGAAAAGCUGCAUGACUCGGUGGUCAUGGUUACUCAGGAGAGUGACAACAGCUUUCUAGUCAAGGUAGGCUUCCUGAAGAUCCUGCACAGGUAUGAGAUUACUUUCACGCUGCCUCCAGUGCGCAGACUGAGCAAGGACAUCCGUGAGGCCCCUGUCCACAGCUUGCACCUCAAGCUCCUCAGUGUCACGCCCGUCCCUGAAGGUUACAGCAUCAAGUGUGAGUACUCAGCUCACAAAGAAGGUGUCCUCAAAGAGGAGAUGCUCCUGGCCUGCGAGGGUGACAUAGGCACCUGCGUGCAUGUGACGGUGCAAGCACGGGUCAUGGACCGGCACCACGGUACACCCAUGCUGCUGGAUGGUGUCAAGUGUGUGGGCGCAGAGCUGGAGUAUGACUCGGAACACAGCGACUGGCACGGCUUCGACUGAGGCCUGGGGCCGUGCCUGCCUGCCUGCCUGCCUGCCUGAGCCCCUGAGCCUUAAAGUCCACCUGCUCCCCGACAUGCUGCGUGAUGGUGUGGCUUCCUCACCUCUCCCCUGGUGGGCAUGGCAGGGUUAGCCCUUGCUCAUGCCCCCCCACUUCUGCCUUCAUUCCUACCACACCCUGCCUCUCCAGUCUCCUCCCCCACUUCCUCCUCUCCCAUGUGCCUGAGUCUCCUGACGGAAGAAAUGGGUUGAGCCCUGAGGAGGCUGUCUGAGAGGAGGGACCUGGGGUGGGACUUACCUCUUCCACCCCAAGCCAUAGGGGCUCUAGCUAGGGAUUGGGGGAGGACCAAGUGGCUGUCUCUGUGACAUUGAUGCCCCAUUGCUGCUGCUAUUGUCGUCUCCCUUCUCCACCUCUGCUGCCCUCAUCUUCUUCCCCACUGCUGUUCGUGUGGUGAGGAGGUACAGUUCCUAGCUCCUACCCCUCAGGUCUGUGGUACUUGGUUUUUAAAUGACUGAUUGGGAUAGAGACCUCAAUAAAUAAAAACUCUAGUAGAUUUCA